AUGUUCGGGGGCCGGGCCAGUCCUCUCUUCCUGGACACUUCGGAGAUCUGGUGGCAGGACCCACCGUCCCUGCGAGCGGAGGCGGCGCCCUGGGAUGUGACAGAGGUGGCAGCCGUGUGCAAGGUGACAGACGAGAGCUCGGAUGCGAGCGCCCAGGAUGUGAACAGCACAGAGGAGCAGGAUGUUCAGGACCCGGAGCUGGAGGCCAUCAAAGCCAAACUGCGGGAAAUAGAGAAGGAAGAUGAGAGGUUGAAGGAGUUGCAGCUGGAAGCUGAGAACCACCUGUUCGUGAGCUCAGAAGCAGCUCUCUUCCCGCUGACAACCAAGGAGAAGAUGGAGGCUGACCAGCGUUCUAUCUAUGUGGGCAACGUGGAUUACGGGGGCACGGCAGAGGAGCUGGAGUCUCACUUCAACAGCUGUGGGCAGAUCAACCGUGUCACCAUCCUCUGUGACAAGUUCUCGGGCCACCCCAAAGGCUAUGCCUACAUCGAGUUCGAGGAGCAGAGCUCUGCCAAGGCUGCGGUGGAGCUGGACGAGAGCAUCUUCAGGGGCCGUGUCAUCAAGGUGCUGCCCAAGAGGACCAACAUGCCCGGCAUCAGCAGCACCGACCGCGGGGGCUACCGGGGCUACUUCCAUGCCCGGGGAGGGCUGGGCCGCUGGGGGGGCUACUACGGGCAGCACCUCAGGGUGCGAGGGAGGACCUACAGGGGUCGAGCAAGGCUGCUGCCUUGGUAUUUUCCAUACUAG